AUGGGCUUCGCUUGCAUGACGACACUGGAUUGCCAUCCUCCUGAUGGUGUGGGGGGGCAGAGCGAAGGUCUUGUUGAAGAGGUCUCGCCGUUCUGGAACAAAGACACAACGGCACGGCGGGGCAAGAGAAGAAUACGACAGAGAAUCAGAUCUGCCCGGCUGACAGUCCUCCUUGCCGCCUUGGUGGCACUGGUAGCUUCCGGCAUCACCUCCUGGAUCACAGCAAGAUCGCUUUCUGGGGUCUGCAACAGCAGGAACGAUCUUUGGUCGCCGGCGCGAGACAAUGUAGAAUAUUUCGACCUCGACAUCAACAAUGAAUUUGCCGCCGAAAGCCGGUAUCGUGGACCGCCAACCCCAGAGCUGGAUGCCGCUUGGGAAGAACUCUGGCGCUUUGGCUACGUCGGCAUUCCUCGCGACAAGCUGCCCGAGCUAAAUCGACAGGAGCAUUUCCCUGAUGGCCGUACUGUGGCCAGAAUCAAUAGAAGGACUGACCAUUUCCAAGCAUCCUUGGAGGUCUUCCAUUAA